UGACUGACACACCCACAGUUACUUCUUUCCUAACCUAAACAAACAUCCCCCCCUUCCCCACUUCCCCACUUCCACACUCUUCUUUUCCAUCUUUGCUACUUCUACUAGUACUAUUAACAUCUACCAUCGCCAACUUCCCACAAAACCCAUCUCUAUCUUCUUUGCAACAUUCUCCCAAAAAUGGCUGAUGAAACCACCAUAACCACCCCGCCACGGGUAGACCAACCACCUUUCGCGGUGGUUGAGUCCGAAUCGCCUUCUGUGGCCGAAAAACUCGAGUCUAAAGAAGACCCACUUCCACCGGCGCCAUUACCAGAAGUGACAGAGUCUGCCAAGGAAGAAGAGCCACCGCUAGAGCUGCCUCACGAGUCUCCUCCCGAGGUGAAGGCUAAGUCCGAGGAGGAGGUUUUAGUUGUUGGGUCUGUGCAGGCCAAGGAGGGUGAGGAACCAAAGAUUCGGAAACCGAUUCCGCAGUCUCUGGUUUCGUUCAAAGAGGAAAGCAAUAUAGUGGCGGAUCUCUCAGAUUCCGAGAGGAAAGCACUUCAAGAACUGAAGCAGCUCGUCCAGGAGGCUCUCAACACUCGCCAGUUCACUUCCCCAAAACAAGAAGUGAAAGAGACCAAGGACAAACCAGCUCCCAAAACUGAAGAAGACACUGCUGGUUCGGAAUCCGAAACAAAGCCGCUCCAUGAGCCCAAAAUCGAGGAGAACCCAGUGAAGGAAGCAGAGGAAGUAGCUAAGGAAACAUCGCAGCUGGCGAUUUCUCCUGAGGAGGUUUCAAUUUGGGGGGUUCCGCUGCUCAAGGACGACAGGAGCGAUGUGAUUCUUCUCAAGUUCCUUAGGGCUCGGGACUUCAAGGUGAGAGAUGCUUUUGUUAUGCUCCGAAACACGAUCCAGUGGAGGAAGAAGUUUGGGAUCGAUGCUCUUGUGGACGAAGAUCUCGGUGAUGAUUUGGAGAAAGUGGUUUUUAUGCAUGGGUAUGACAGAGAGGGUCACCCUGUGUGUUACAAUGUGUUUGGGGAGUUUCAGAACAAGGAGCUGUAUCAGAAGACGUUUUUGGAUGAGGAAAAGAGAACCAAGUUUCUCCGGUGGCGGAUUCAGUUCUUGGAGAGAAGCAUUAGGAAGCUGGAUUUCAGCCCUGGUGGUGUUUGCACUAUUUUUCAGGUUAAUGAUCUUAAGAAUUCUCCUGGCCCUGCAAAGAGUGAGCUUCGCUUGGCCACCAAACAAGCCCUUCAGUUGCUUCAGGACAAUUAUCCCGAGUUUGUAGUCAAACAGGUGUUUGUCAAUGCUCCUUGGUGGUAUCUUGCGUUCUACACAUUGAUCAGUCCCUUCAUGACACAGAGGACCAAAAGCAAGUUUGUCUUUGCAAGCCCAGCCAAAUCUGCAGAGACCCUUUUCAAGUACAUUUCUGCUGAGUAUGUUCCUAUACAAUAUGGGGGUUUGAGUGUGGAUUACUGUGAGUGCAACCCAGAAUUCACGAUUGCUGAUCCAGUCACUGAUGUAACCAUCAAACCUGGAACAAAGAAGACUGUGGAAAUUAUAAUUUAUGAGAAGUGUACCAUCGUGUGGGAACUUCGUGUAGUUGGGUGGGAGGUGAGCUACAGUGCUGAGUUUGUUCCCGACUCUCAAGAUGCAUAUACACUGAUCAUUCAAAAAGCCACAAAGAUGGCCCCAACUGAUGAACCAGUGCUGCCUCACAGGUUCAAAGUUGGCGAGCUGGGUAAAAUAUUGCUCACCGUUGACAAUCCAACCUCAAAGAAGAAGAGGCUUCUGUACAGGUUCAAGGUCGAACCCUCCUAUUGACCAAGGAUUCUAAGUAAUUGUGCACUUUAGACAUGUGAUUGUGCACUAAGAAGUGAAAGUGAAGAGGGAAGGGCUUGGCAUCAUAUAAUUAAUGGUCAUCUUCAUUCUGUUGUGUUUUGUAAAUGGAGGUUUCUAGUUUAUUCGAGUUAAUGGCUUAGAGCUGUUAGUUUUGGUUCUGCAAAUUUAGUUUGUUUGUUGUCGUCCUUCUGUGGUACAGUACUCUAGUGCAUGCUUUUCGAGUGAUGAGCAAGGCUGGUCGGAGCUGCAGAGUCGUUGAAUUUUGGUUUGUUUUGUGCGUUUAUACAAAACUAGAGUUAUAUUAUAAGAAAGCAAACAAAUUUGUGGACAAAGGGUAGAAAUGUUGGUAUUAACUCUGUUUAAGAUGGUCUUUCACAGUAGUUAUUUGGCUCUCUAUGUAUCAGGACCUUUUGGACCCCAUUGUGUGUAAACUAAGGGAACAUCUUUAUCAGUUGGGAUGAAGAAUUGUCUUUGAAUAUGGAUUUUGUUUAUUAAAGGAUGAGUUUUACUGAUUGAA